UAUAUUUCGUUCGUUCGCUAUCGUCGUGUGUGCUGCUUUGCUAAGAAAACGCUUCUGAUACGUUCGUAAACUUUCGAAACUACUUUCGGUUAAUCGUUCAAAGAACUUUUAUUGUGUACUCGCAUGAGUUAAGUUGUCAUACAAGAUUAUGGAGGAUGAGAAGAAUGUAAAAUUGAAUCACCGAACAAGUGCAAUAAUGAACGGUUAUUCAGAAGUUUCCGAUUCUCGAGUUAACGAAGACAAAAAGAAAAAGAUGAUGGAUGAAGCAAUAGCUGCUGAAAUACGAGUACGAAUGCAAGAAAUUUCGGAGAACAUCGUUGGUCAUGUUAAUGAACGCGUUAAUGAUAUGGUAUCUGAGGUAUUCAACAAAUUUGACAGAUCACAACAAAUCUCGAAUGAUUUGAAUAACAAAUAUUACGAUAAAAGAAAAUUAUCUAAAGAAAGUAUUUUACCGGAGAAACAAUUUUUAGAAAGAAAUUCAUUACUUACUGAUCUUUUUAAUACCAAUGAGCAUGUAAAGACAGUAUAUAAUAUAUUUUUAACGAUUCUAAUAUUACUUUUUAUGAAUACUAUUACAUACGACAUUGUGAAUGAUGAAUCAAUAAAUGCUGGGAUUAAUACCAUAAGAUAUUCUUUUGGAAAGUUAUCAAGCGUCCUCUACAUUUGGGUCUUAAUGAAAUUAAGCACGAUUGGAAUUUACAUUCCUUUCUACAUCUGGUCGCACAAACGUCUCGAUUUUUUGCCUUCAUCACUUACCUUGAAAAUAUGGGACUACGGAUGGCUUACAGGAUAUGUGUUAUAUCUGAUUAUUUUCAUCAUCCUACCGGCUAAAGCUGUAAUUGAUGAAUGGCUACCUAUCGCCUCAAGCACUAUAAUACUUUUAGAACAGGUUCGUAUGCUAAUGAAAUCUUACGCUUUUAUAAGAAGUACGACACCACAAUUUCUUAAAUACAAAGCUCACACGGAUACGAAAAAACCAGAACUACCGGAUGUUUCGAAAUAUUUGUAUUUCUUAUUCGCACCGACGUUAAUCUACAGAGAUCAUUAUCCAAGGACAAAAUAUAUUAGAUGGAAAUUUGUUCUCUGGCAUUAUUUGGAAGUUUUGUUAAUUAUUUUUUACAUAGCCUUCCUAUACGAAAGUUUUGUUAAGCCAAUAUAUAAAAAACAUGGAACGAAACCUAUGAAAAAGGAAGAAAUGUUUUACAAUAUAAUAAACCUAUCCUUGCCUGGAAUUCUUUUCUUUCUUUGUGGAUUUUAUUGUCUUUUACAUGCUUGGUUAAAUGCUUGCGCUGAAAUACUACGUUUUGCGGAUCGAUUGUUUUACAAAGAUUGGUGGAACUCAUCUUCUUAUAGCGUCUAUUACAGGACCUGGAAUGUGGUUGUACACGAUUGGCUUUACGCUUAUGUAUACAAAGAUGUGUUUGAGAUUUUAACGAAUCAAAAUAGAAUUAUUGCAACUUCCUCCGUAUUUAUUUUAUCCGCAUUAGCUCACGAAUAUAUAAUGUACUUUGUUUUUAAAUUUUUCUGCCCAGCAAUGCUAUUUAUGUUUGGUUUUGUUGGCUUUCCUUUAACAUUUGUUACACGAAAAGUAGGCAAUACAUUUUUAUGGUUUUCCCUUAUCUUGGGUAAUGGUAUAAUAUGGGGUAUGUAUGUUAUAGAAUAUUUUGGAAGAAAAAACUGUGUUUCGCAUCCUGAUAAAUUCUUAGAUUUCAUUUUACCGACCAUUUUUUAUUGCAAUCCUAGAUCUGAAUAGUUAAUAAAUAAGGUAAACAAU